UUUUUUGUUUUGUUGAAUUCUUUGUCUUGAGUUUCAAGUUUGGGUUAUUCAUAUUCUUGAAUUUGUUGUGAAGUAGUAAAAUUUGAUGGCUAGUGGAAGUGGUGGAGCCAUAAAUUCUAACUAGGGGAUUCAAAAAACACUACACUAAAAUUUUUAUUUAUAUAAAGGGAUUCAACAAGUUAUAUAUAUACAUAGUUUUUAAAGUGCUAUUAUCCGGUGAAGGGAAUUCAGUUGAACCCCGUCACCAUACAUAGCUCCUCCACUGGCCAGUGAUCUCAAAUGGUUUCUUAUGGUCCAAUGAGAGGUUUAUCAUUAGAUGAAAUGUUGUUGAAAUUCUUGCUUGGCGGGAGGCUGAUAUUUGGACCAGAUGCUAAGUCAUUGAUUAUUACCUUCACGCUCAUCCUUGUCCCUGUUGUUCUAUUUUGUGUGUUUGUGGCAAGAAAUCUCGUGCAUGAACUCCAGCCGGGAAGUGCAGGAUAUACAAUUUUGGUGAUAGCUAUUGUCUUCACAAUUUAUGUCUUCUUACUUCUACUCUCAACAUCAGCAAAGGAUCCUGGCAUUGUCCCCCGUAAUUCUCAUCCUCCAGAGGAAGUACUAGGGUAUGAAUCUUCAGCUUCUGUUGAAGCUAGCACUAGACCUUUGCCUCGCACCAAAGAAGUGCUUGUGAAUGGUUUGCCAGUGCGAGUUAAAUAUUGCGAAACAUGCAUGUUGUACCGUCCGCCAAGAUGCUCUCACUGUUCAGUAUGUGAUAAUUGUGUGGAACGAUUUGAUCACCAUUGCCCUUGGGUGGGUCAAUGCAUUGGGAAGCGGAACUAUCGUUGCUUCUUUCUCUUUGUUUCGUCAACAGCCCUCCUUUGUGUUUUCGUCUUUUCGAUAUCAGCUUUGUAUCUGAAACUUCUUAUGGAUGAUUCUGGAACUAUUUGGAAAGCUAUCAAAGAAUCACCAGCAGCUGUGGCAUUAAUGGCCUAUUGUUUUAUUGCACUGUGGUUUGUUGGAGGUCUAACUGGCUUCCAUUUGUAUCUCAUGGGUACAAAUCAGACCACAUAUGAGAACUUUCGUUAUAGGGGAGAUAACAGGAACAGUGUGUAUAACCGGGGAUGCAUCAGCAAUUUUCUUGAAGUAUUCUGCUCAAGGAUAGAACCUUCAAAAAUCAAUUUCCGUGGAUAUGUACAGGAAGAGGCAUCAAAGCCUCCUAGGAGUAACGUUCAAGAAACAGAAAUAGAUAUCUCUGAUGGGGAUACACGAAUUAAGGUGGAAGACGAUCUUGAUAUUGGAGAUGAUAUCAUGAAGAUAUCCCAACGACGUAAUUCUGAGGAAGUUGGUGAUGUUAGAGGUAGAGGAAGUGACAGGUCGCCCAUUGGUCGUUCUGAGGUUGACUUUGGAUUUGGUCUGGAGUCUCAUUUUACCUCCAGACCCUCUUACUAGCCGGGGCAGAACAAGUGAAAAGAAACUAAAUUCAAUAUCACCAAUUUUUUCAACGACUCCUACUUCCUUCUGCUGGCAUUAUUUGGAGCACUCAGAAGGACAUUCAACCGAUCAUUUAUUGAGAUUUAAAAAUGUAACACGAUACUUAUCGCUAGCCAUGAACGUGCACUUACGUGCUCUUUCUCAGGCUUCUCUGGCUCUUCUUGUUCUCGUAAGGUAUUGAUAUGACAUCUUUGUUGGAGGGAAUGGAUGGUCGCUUUUACAAUCGUUUGCUGGUUAUAAGCGAUUCUUGGAAAAACUAUAGCUAUAGAUGAAAGGCUGGUUAAAUUCUUUAGUUUGUAUCUAUCUCCUCAGGAAUUUGAACAAUGUGUACAUCUUUUCUUGUGGUUUAAGGUGCUUUUCUGCAAAUUAAGCUAAGUCUUUGUAUUGUAACACAAGAGCAGCAGUUUGAGUUCGUUUAUCAAGGUGGAUAGGGAUUGUUUA